UCGGUAGGUGGCGGUAAUGCUUCCAUACGUUGUUUGCCAACCGCCAUAAAACUAGAAGAAGACUAAACGACAACAUUGCACCUGGCAGUCACUGUAGCUGCUAACAGGAGGAAACAGUGAGAAGACUCAACAUGGCAACGCCGGUGCCUGUGCUCCGCCUGCCAAAAGGACCUGACCCCAACAGCCGUGGAUUUGACCCCAAAUCCCCCCGUUUCAUCGCCCUGUGUCGUACCUCCAUUCCCACUUCUGCUGCGUCUGAGGCAGACGCUGAGCAGCUGCAGAAGGAGCAGCAUGCACGAUCUGUGCUCCGAGAGACUUUCCUCCGAUGUCUCCUCUCCAUGACCAACAAGAAGGUUCAGUUUAACAUGUAUGAGAGGGUGAAGGUGGAGGCCACGUUUGGAGCGUCCGACAUUGAUGUGCUGAACUUUCAGGUGUCGGACCUGCACACUCCCCUCGGGGUGCAAAAGGAGGCACUGAUCAGGUGUCAGGAUGUGAUUUCACUCACUUUUGAUACAUGAACACUUGACGCUUUUGUUUCCUGUUUAAACAGAAUAUGCUGUUUGGGAUAAGAGGCACUUGGGAGUCUCAUUUGUUGUUGCAAGUGAGCUCUAUUGUCACAUUGUGAGAUAGUUUAUAAAACUGGUUAUAUUUUUGUACUUUGUUUGUUUUCAGUCUGUAUUGUUCAGCCAGACAUACUGCUCUGUGUGACUGCUUUCAAAAAUCCAACACUGACAGGCAGUCCCACCUUUCCAGCACAAGAGGGCGUUGUUUACUUGUGUUUCAAGACAGAUGUGACAGUCUGCACUACUAUUGGUUAUUAUCAGAUAUUUGGCAAAGCAGACCAAAGCUUUGAUAACAUGAUGAUGCUUGCUGAUGACUACUUCUCAGAAUAUAUUUACCCACAAUAACAUCUGUGAAGCAACUGUUUGUUAUCAAUAUGAAGGCUGACAGGUAGAGGCAUUCACUGUUUAAUUUUAAGCUGUUACAGUCUAAGUUCUGAAAGUUGCACAACUUAAUGGAAAUGCAGCCUUAAAGACCAGGAGAUCAAACAAUCAAACCAAUAUUUUGUCUUACAUCACAAUUUAUUAGUGUAUCUGUUGUUCCUGCUCUACACUUUGAGACUUGUGUAGAUCGUCAGCACUGCUGUUCUCUUUUGUGAGAUGCAGAAGGUUAUUACUGUACUGCUGCUCGAGUAGACAGGCUUUGUCUUUUGUCAUGUAAUUCUUUAGGUAAAUGAAACUUUGCACUUUGAACGUUUCUUUUGCGUCAACCACUUUUGUAUUUGAAUGCCCAUUUUGUAUUCUGUUUGGAAAAAUGAUCAAGACACCUGUAAAGAUUCAUGCCUGAUAAAGAUUGAUAUUGCUUAAGAAAAA